CAAAUUGUUUAAUUAUCGUACAUGCAGCAUGUCUAGUUUGUUACGCCAGGGGGAUCAUCCUUCUUGCUAGUAUUCCCUGCGCUUGAGCUGUGCAUGGUGCAAUCUGCACAGCAACUCAGGCGAAUCUGGAGGUGGCGUGUCCAUGCGCCAGCUCAUUUCUCUGUACAAACGCCGAAUGCAGCAGAUUGUCGCUUCUGGACUUAGGGGAUUGCCCUUGCAUUCUGUUUUGUGACGGGCCAGACAUGCCCGCAGAGAAAGACGUCAGCAAGGGCAGAGGGGGGGCAAGUUUUCCGAGGGAGAGCCUCUGAGAGCCUCUGAAAAGAGCUGAGCGGCCAAGGGACGACACCACCAUUUGGCGCCGGAUGAUUACCGCCUGUCGGCAGGCAGGCCCCCUCUCCUGCCGCCAAAGCAUAUGUUCUGCUCAUCUCAAGGCGCAUAUCCUUGACGCCACCAGACCUUUUCCGCUCGCAUUCGAUUCAGUACUGACAACCUGUGUACGCACAAGAGCAGCCGACGUACCACAGCGCGUGUUGGAAAAUUCCGGAAGGGACUCGUGCAACAGUUUCAGAAUCGCAGCACUUAGCCCAAGAUCCUUGAGACAGAGUCAAACGCGCCCUUUCACUGCGAUGGCAUUCGUGGCCGGCGCUGAGGUGGCGUCGGAACGGACGACUGAGAUGAUUCCGGAGCGGACGGCCGAGAUGGCGCCAGAGCAAAAUGCUGCUCCUGGAGGUGCGGCAUCGGUGGAGGAAGUCCAUGUGGUGCUGGACCGCAGCAAGUUUGUGAAGAGAGUGACGGUGCAGGCGCUGCGGGUUCCCAAGGGGGCGUGUCACCAGCUCGUCAAAAAGCUGAGCAAGUUCAAGGCAGAGUACCCAAAAGUGCGGAAUGUGAUUGUGGAAGAGGCCCGACCAGAAACGCGGCUCAUCCUCCUGGGCGAGAACGUGAGCGGUUUGGAUCUUGCGGGGCUCCCGGAGAGCGUUGCGGCGGAACUGAAAGCGGACCGGGAUGUGGAGAUUACGCAGCACGAGGUUGUGCUCGACUACGAUAGUUACACUGCGGACCAAGUGCUGAAGGAGGUUCUUCCUGCGGGAGCCGAGGUGCCGAGCUCGUUCGAGACGAUUGGACACGUGGCCCACGUGAACCUGAGGGACGAGCUGCUGCCGUACAGGAGGAUAAUCGGCGAGGUGCUUCUAGAGAAGAACUUCCCGCGCAUCCUUACCGUGCUCAACAAGGUGGGCACCAUCGAGAACGAGUUCCGCGUGCCCACCUUCGAGGUGCUCGCGGGGGAUCCCUCCACCGUCACCGAGGUGAAACAGCACAGCGCGCGCUUCCAGCUGGACUACGCGCAGGUCUACUGGAACUCGCGCCUCGAGUUCGAGCACAGCCGCCUCGUCGACCAGUUCGCGCGGGAGGACGUUAUCUGCGACAUGUUUGCCGGGAUUGGGCCGUUCGCCAUCCCUGCGGCGCUCAAGGGCUGCGCCGUUUACGCCAACGACCUCAACCCGCAGAGCACCCACUAUCUCGCUAUCAACUCCAAGCUCAACAAGGUCGCACACCGUAUCCGCGUCUCCACUUUGGACGCCCGCGAAUUUGUCCGGUCGCUCGUCCGUCCGGCGGAGUCUCAGCCACCUCCCCUCCACCCGCCGUCAAACAGCCCCCCUGUAGAUGGUCAGAAGUUCAAUAGUCAGGCAAGUGCCGCCGAGAGCAGUCAAGCAGGGCAGCAAAUUUCGGACCAAGGGUUGGGGCUUGCCACUUACCGACAAGACAAUGUGGGGCCCGCUUCCGCAACAGAAACAACCACGGAGCGGGCGCAGGGGUUUCCGGCUGGGGGAACGGAAUCUCGAACCUCCGGGGAAGGUCCAAACGGAACACUUGAAGCUGGCACCGCGAGCAGGCUUUCGCGGGAGGUGGGGAGCAGUAGUGGGCCUGGGGGGGUGCUUCCGAGCACCGGAGGGGCGGGGCAAAACGCAUCAGGUGGCAGCGGGAGCGUGCCCCCCGGGGGAAAAGUUGGAAAGGGCGGGAAGGCGGCGGCGGUGCGGCCGCCCAAAGAGCCGGUGCCGGAGACGCCCCGGAAAAUCGACCACGUGGUCAUGAACCUGCCGGCGUCGGGAAUCGAGUUUCUGGACGUGUUCAACGGCCUGUUCGACCGCGCCAGCUGGCGCCUCCCCCUGCCGCGCAUCCACUGCUACUGCUUCGCCAGGGCGGAUGAAACGGACGCUGACGUCAUCAGGCGCGCUGAGGAGGCGUUGGGAGGGGCGAUCCCUAAGCCAGUCGUUUGGAACGUUCGUGAUGUGGCCCCGAAUAAGACAAUGCUCUGCGUUAGUUUCACUCUGCCUGACGAUGUGGGCUACAGUCAACAGGAUACAAUGCAUAUGCAAUGCUCAUCUGAUAAAAGUAGCGACGUCGAGUCCCACGAGAACCCGAAUUUUUCGAAAAAGUCGAGAGUAGAGUAACUUAGGCAUGCAGACCAAUGUUGAUUGAGUUUUGUUAGAUGGCCCUGAGGCUCGGGCGCAAUGUCCGACUCUCAUUCACGACAAUACUCGUUCGAGGAACUUGCUUAAGUUGACUAUAUCAUUUGCUCAGCAAUCUCUUCCUAUCCAGUCCUGAUAGAAUUUAGCGCGG